CGGUACACGAAUGCCUAAUUCUCCAAUUCAGAAGUCGAACCUCUGACUCUGUUUUACAUUAAAACCGGUGUUUUACACAACAAACCUUUGUUUCUUUGCAGUUUGCAACAUGGCUUCUGCUUCUUCAACCUCUGCUUCCCCCUCCGAUUUAUCGGAAGAAGAGCUCACCCUCACAGUCAAGUGGAGCGGCAAAGAGUACACUGUCCGAGUCUGUGGCGACGACUCUGUGGCCGAGUUGAAACGUCGAAUCUGUGAACUAACUAAUGUCUUGCCCAAAAGACAGAAGCUUCUUUACCCAAAAGUCGGAAACAAACUUGCCGAUGACUCUGUUUUGCUCUCCCAACUUCCCCUUAAGGCCUCUCUUAAGAUGACCAUGAUUGGUACUGUUGAAGAUGAAAUACUUGUGGAUCCAGUAGAAUCUCCAGAAAUUAUUGAUGAUUUUGAACUUGGGCAAGAAGAAGCUGUUGACAUUAAGGAUAAAGAAGUUAAUCAGCAGAAAUUGAGGAGACGUGUGAAUCAAUACAAGAUUAAACUAAGAGCACCAUGCCGUGAAGGAAAGAAACUGCUAGUUUUGGAUAUCGAUUAUACUUUAUUUGAUCACCGGUCCCCAGCAGAGAAUCCACUUCAACUUAUGAGGCCUUAUCUUCAUGAGUUUCUCACUGCUGCCUAUGCUGAGUAUGACAUCAUGAUAUGGUCUGCAACCAGCAUGAAGUGGGUUGAGCUGAAGAUGGGAGAGCUUGGGGUCCUCAAUAAUCCAAACUACAAAAUCACAGCACUUCUCGACCAUUUAGCUAUGAUCACAGUUCAAUCAGAUUCUCGUAAAAUUUUCGAUUGCAAGCCACUUGGCUUGAUUUGGGCUCAGUUUCCUGAGUUUUAUAGUUCCCAAAACACCAUAAUGUUUGACGAUCUACGGAGGAAUUUUGUGUUAAAUCCACAAAAUGGUUUGACGAUCAGGCCAUUCAGGAAGGCUCAUGCAAAUCGAGACAGCGACCAGGAGCUUGUGAAACUUACACAAUAUCUGCUAGCCAUUGCAGAUCUUGAUGACCUGAGCUCCCUUGAUCACAGUAACUGGGAAAAUUUUAUCAAGGAUAAUACCAAAAGACGUAGGCAGGCAUGAGAGUUAUUAUCAAGCUUUAAAAUUUCAAAAUAUUACUAUGACUAUCUAUUUGAGCUAGUUCAACUUUGCAGCUAGUUCUUUUGAAGGAUGUUAAUGCAGAUCCUCCUGGAAUUGCUGCUAAAGUUGAGGCUUCUCCUUGCUUCUCUUCUGGGUAUUUAAAUGACUGCAAUUGCAUCUGAAUUUUCAAGCUUGAGUAUUGACUCCUGAUGCCUAUAAAUUUUGUAAAAAUAUUUAAGUUCUGUGUUAUGGAUUCAUUUAUAGGGUUUAACUAUAUUGCUUGUUUGGAUUACCAAAAAGAAAAAACUUCUAUGCAUAAUUUUGCUAUUAAAAUAACAGUAAACUCUGUUGAUUUUGUUUAA